AUGUUUGGAGCCUCUUCAUUUGGUGGCUUUGGCCAGCAAAAUCAGCAGGGUAUGAGCAACCCUAGUCAGCCUGGCACAGGCGGUGGGGGCAUGUUUGGGCAGCCUGUGAAUCCAACGGGCAGUGCGUUCGGCACGCCGGCUUUUGGUCAGCCAGCGCAGACAAGCGCGACGCCUGCUUUUGGAGCAGCUACGCAGACGCCCGCCUUCGGUGCUACGCCGUCUGUGCAGCAGCCCCAAAUGUCGACACCCUUUUCUUUUAAUCAGUCCUCUUCAAGCACGUUUGGUGCACCUAAGCCAGCUACGACGGGCUUUGGCUCAUUCGGUGCUGCAUCGACUCAGCCCACGACUUCCUUUGGAUUUGGCGGCGCCACAUCGACGCCAGCGCAGCCGCCAACAACUAGCGCAUUUGGGUCCAUGCAGCCAAGCACGGGCUUUGGUCAAAACAACACCACAUCUUUCUUUGGUCAACAGCCCACUACGACCUUUGGUGGUUUUGGUGCUAGCACGAGCAUGGGUGGUCCCCAAACUGUGACGCAAGGAUCUGCGACUGUGCCAUACACUCCCUUUCGUGAGGACAUGACUCCCAAUGAACCCAAGCCACACGCUAAAACCUUUGAGGUUCACCAGUCUCUCACGUCGAUGCCUGCAUACCAAAACAUUAGCCCUGAGGAGCUGCGCCUUAUGGACUAUAAUCAAGGUCGUGGUAAGGGCGUGACAGGCCCAACACCCUCGGUAGGUGCGCCUUCCUUCGGCUUUGGUGCACAGCAGGGGAUGGGUACGUCAACCCCUGCCUUUGGACAACAGCCACAGCAGCCUGCGACCACCAAUGUAUUUGGUCAGCCGCCAUCGACAGGAUUGUUUGGUCAGCCCAACAACAAUGCCAUGGGCACGACAUCCAUGUUUGGCGGUCCAUCGAACACCAGCACAUCGACAGGUGGCUUGUUUGGUGCCAACGCUAAUAAGCCCAGUGCAUUUGGUGCAUCGACUUCGACUCCCAUGUUUGGACAAGCGAACCAGAACAACAAUACGAGCGGUGGUCUCUUUGGCAACUCCACGCCUGCCCAGCCAGCUGCUGGUGGUUUUACGUUCGGCGCCAAUAACAACCAGCAGCAGCCGUCAACGGGCUUCAGUUUUGGUGCCAACAACACCCAGGCCCAAAAUAACCAACCCAAGCCGCUCUUUGGUGGAUUUGGCUCCUCGACAACACAGCCAUCGCAGCCAUCGACUGGUUUCACAUUUGGCUCGUCGACAACGCAGCAGCCAGCCACCACUGGCUUCGGCGCACCGUCGACAGGUGCGACGGGUGGUGGCUUUUCGUUUGGAGCGAACAAUGCUACUUCACAGGCUAAGCCUGGCGGUCUGUUUGGCAGCUCAACGACAACGCAGCCAUCCACGUUUGGCUCUUUUGGAUCCACCAAUACGGCAGCGUCGACGCAGCAAAAUAAGCCAGCAUUUUCGUUUGGUAACCUUGGCCCGAAUACUGGCACUACCAGCACGCCAGCUUUUGGUGCACCAAACAACGCCGCAGGUACGGGCGGUGGUCUGUUUGGCGCAAAGCCUGCUGGUUCCACGGGCACAGGCACUGGCUUCAGCUUUGGCCAGUCCAAUACAUCGACUCAGCCACCAGCCACGACGGGUUUCGGUGCGCAAAACAACACGACGGGCACGGGCGGGGGUCUCUUUGGCGCCAAGCCCGCAGGCAGCUCGCUAUUUGGCAAUCCAGCCCCUAGCACGACACAACCAAGCACGACUGGUUCCACGUCACUGUUUGGCCAGUCGACGACGCAGCCUGCACAGCCCGCAGCGGGUGGCUUGUUUGGCAGUAAUGCACCCAAGCCCGCUUUUUCGUUUGGAUCUUCGACGGCACCUGCCACCACCGGCACUACAAACACUACGACCACUGGCGGUGGUGGUCUCUUUGGUCAGAGUCAGCCUGCGCCGUCGACGAACACUGGCACGAGUCUAUUUGGUGCGCCGAAGCCUCUAGGUGCGUCGCUGCCAGCUCCGUCGAAUGUACCAGCACUACCUGCGCAGCCACCGACCCUUACGACGAACCCUUACGGCACUGAUGCGCUGCUCUCGAGCGUCUCGAGCACAUCUGCUGCCGCGAAUCAGGCACCCCUACCGUUUAAUGUGGCACCCAAGAACAAACCGCCCCUAGUAUCGCCGUUCCGCUCAUCCCCACGAAAUGCUGUGCGCGUGACACGUUUGCGUGGCUCGACACCAGGACUCGAUGUGUCGCGGAGCAUGCGUGAAGGCACGCCGAGUGAUCGAGCCACGCCUUUGAGAGCCGGCAGUGUCAGUCUCUUCCACCAACCGAGUGACGCAGCGACGCUCUCGCCACAGGCAUUUAUUCCACGCUCCACGUCGAAGAGACUUGUCUUGGAUGGUGACACGAGUAUCUCGCGCUCACCUAGUGUGCUGCGCGAAGGCACACCGCGUGCAUCUGUGGCACCACGCGCUCGGUUUUCACCGGCUGUUGAAAAGGUCGUGGUGGGCAACACGAGUCAGGUGGGUGCUGGCGGCGAUCCAGACUCGUCUGUCGUCCUGCCCGUCCGCGAGCCAUCGUUCGCAUCGACGCCACCCGCACCACGGGCCAAAAGUGUGCGUCCCACGCAGCACGGCGACUAUUAUAUGGAACCGUCGCUUGCGACGCUGCGUUCCAUGCCAUUUGAUGAGCUCUCGUGCGUGGCUCAUUUCGUGGUAGGCCGCGUCGGCUUCGGACGCGUCGAGUUCCUGGAGCCUGUGGACCUGACGAGUGUGCCGAACCUAAGCUUUGUGGCUGGUGGUGUCGUUCAGCUUCGCGCGAAAGAGUGUUUCGUGUAUCCGCAAGAAGAAGACCUGGACACGGAUACGCCGCUCGACGGCUUGCUGCCCAAUUACACGCCUGUGCCCAAGGCGGCCCUCGGCACCGGUCUUAACGUGCCUGCUGUCGUGAGUCUCGAGGGAUGCUGGCCAUUGGAUCGCGCUACGCGUGAGCCUUUGCGCGAUGAAUCUUUGCCACGAGUCAAGCAGCACAUCACCAAACUUCGCAACAAAAAGGAAACGACAUUUGUGUCGUACGAUGCCGAGAGUGGCACGUGGACGUUCGAGGUGCAGCACUUUUCCCGCUACGGCCUGGAUGACUCGGACGAGGAGGACGAACCCAUCGAAGAGGAAGACGACGAUGUCGUUCCACCACCCAUGAAACUGGGCGAUGAGAGUGAUAGCGGCUCGAGUGCAAUGCGUGAGAGUGAGCUCAUGAGUGGGGAGGAAGAAGAUGCACCUGAAACGGAUGUGUGGAUGCCCGCCGUCCGUGACACUACGUCGCCGGCGGCGCGCCGCUCCAUGACGCCCUUCACGGCGUCGCGACUCGAUACGCCGAACAUGCCAGAAGCCCGCAAGGUCCAAGUGAUGCGCGCGAGUUUUUUUGGGCAGGCGCCUCCGACGCCCGGACCAGUCGGAGGCGUGACAUCGAUCGCCGGUCCACCUGCCCCGCAGCUCAUCGAGCACAAAGAGGAGCAUGAGCCCAUGACAGAGGAAGUGAAGGACGUGGAGCCUGAGCCUGUGGCGCUCACGCGUGUCGAGUCUGGUGCAUCCGUGCUGAAUACGGCACUGUGUGCGGAUCCCGGGCUGUACCUCGCGCCCAGCUUCCGUGUUGGCUGGGCGAGCAUGGGCGCCACGCUUGCCCACAACGGCUCAUGGCACGACCUGCCACGGCCGUCGUGGACACAGGUGCACAUCGAUCGCUUGCCCGUGUACAAGACUGCCGAGGAUCGACACGCGACGAUGCAAACGGCUCGCAAACUUUUGCACAUACAGCUCGCGAGCACGAACAUUACGACAUCCGACGCUGGCGUGCCGUGCGUGGCGUUUGAGCCACACACGACAUGUGCACGUGUGGCGCAACACUAUGCUGCGGACGACAAGCAGUAUGCUGCGCAGCUUUGGCACCUCGCCAGUGUGCUUUUUGAUCCCAUCGACCUGCAGUUGCCGGACGAUGCCUCCGACGCUUGGGUCGCCAGUGUUCUGCAGCGCCGACGCAAAGCGGCGUUCUCGACAUGGCUCGAACAUGCUGUGUCGCUCUCCGUUCAAGCCGAAGUGCGUUCGCACGUGGCAGCAUCGCGGCACACGGAGCUCAUCUUCUCGCUGCUAAGUGGUCAUCAAAUCGAGCAGGCAGCUGAUGCAGCACUCGAUGCGGGGCACGUGCGCCUUGCGACGCUGGUGGCCCAAGCUGGUGGUGCGCUAGAGACGCGUGCGGAUAUCCAGGACCAACUGGAUACGUGGCACGCCGAGGGCGCGGAUGCGGAUAUGCAGCACGCCCUGCUGCGUGUGUAUGAACUGUUGGCAGGCCAGGUCGUGAGUGCCAGUGUGUCUGGUGCUCGUGCCCGAGACAAGCAUACGAUUGCGAUGGCGCGUGGCUUGGACUGGCGCCGAGCGCUGGGACUGCAUGUAUGGUACGGCACGCCAUGGGAAUCGAGUCUCGAUGCGAGUGUGCGGAGCUACGAGGAGGCACUGCGUACGUCCGCAGGCGAGACGGUGCCGCCCUUGCCGAGGUACCAGGCUGACGCUCAGCUUGGCGUGCUGAAACAGCGCGAGUUGGCACAGCGCACCGGCGCACCGCGUGAUGCCUUGUACGAGCUGCUAAAACUGCACGUCGAUGCAUCGUACCCGUUGGAGCAUGCCCUGGAUCCACGCAAUGUCGGGCCCAGCGCACUGGACCACACGCAUUCAUGGCAUCUGGGCAUGUACCUCGCCCGUGCGCUGGAAGUGCGCACGUACCAGGAUGCCCGUGUGAUGGAGCGCCUAACGACGCUGUAUGCGACGCAGCUCGAAGAUGCCCACGACUGGCACUGGGCUGCCUAUGUGCUACUGCAUCUGACCGACGAGGGCACCCGGGCUGAGGCAGUGCGGGCGCUGCUGGCCCGGCACGUCGAUGAUCUCGAUACACAUGCGUCCUUCCUCACAACUACCCUCCAUGUGGAUGAGGCGUGGCUCUGGCAGGCCCGGGCGUUGGCCGCUCAUGCUCGGUGCGAUUAUUACGCAGAAUACGAGUGCCGUCGGAAUGCACACGACUUGUCCGGCGCGCACGCCGUGGCAGUCCGAUACCUUGCGGCCGAGUCGUUCCUGCGUGGAGAUACGCAGAUGUUGAUGGAUUUAUUCCGCCCGAUGGCAGAAGAGGCCGAGAGCCAAGGUGCGACAGCCAUCCGGGGCUGGAACGAAGGCGGACGCGUUUUGCUUGACUUUGCCUCGCUGCCGCAUCUCCUGCCACCGCUCCUGGCCAAGGCUCAGGCGGGUACACUCGAGGCAUCCGAGCGCCAUACGCUGCAACAGGCCACGGUGCGCACGCACGAGCUCAUGGAUCGCGUGCCGCUGCUGUACCCCGACACCAGCGACCUAAUGAGCACGGUAGCUCGAUCUGAGAUGCUGGCUGUCCUGCAAAAUUUAUCGCGCUUGCUUGCGAGUGAAGCAGGUGCUCCAGAACCGAUCCGGCACUGGACUCCAUCUCAUCCGCCUGAAGUCGAGCAAUUGCAGGCGGCAGCGCGUGACUUUAGCUCGUCGAUGUUGGCGUGUCUAUAG